GGUGGCUAUCCAGCAAAAUUGAAAAAAGUCCUUAUAGUAACGGCCCCUUUAUGGUUCAAGGCGCCUUUUAAAAUACUUCGGCUGUUCGUACGAGAAAAAUUGAGGGAACGAGUAUACACAGUAUCGGUGGCGCAGCUGCCAAGUCACAUACCUCGGGAAUCCUUGCCCACUCAACUGGGAGGCUCCCUAGACCUGGACCAUAAUGAGUGGUUGUCACACUGCAUACUGUCAAUGACUAGCACAGGGCCUGAAUCACCAUUGUCGCAUUAUGAUGGUAAAUCGCCAUCACCUCAAAAACGGGCCUCAGCCCCCAGCGACAUUGAUAUUUCUGUUUCGGGCAAUGGAGUAGAUAGUUGGGCAGAAGAAGGAAAUCUGAAUCCUCCAAGUAGCGCUUCCAGUGGAUUUUCGGAUGAUGAUUCUUUACAUGGAGAUGGAGCUGCAUUGACAGCAACUCAGUUAGUUGAUUACGUUAGAGAUAGAGGGCGAACUGGAUUGAUGCAAGAAUAUGCUGAAAUAAGGUUGAGGCCUCCUGAUGGUACAUUCAACAUAGCUAAAUCAAGAAAUAACCUGCCUAAAAACAGGUAUACUGAUGUGUUGUGUUAUGACCAUAGCAGAGUGAUUUUAUCUGAAGUAGACAAUGACUAUGACAAUGAUUAUAUUCACGCGAAUUUCGUCGAUGGGUAUAAACAAAAGAAUGCAUUCAUCAAUACACAAGGACCCUUACCGAAAACGACGACAGAUUUUUGGCGCAUGAUAUGGGAACAACACACAUUAAUAAUAGUGAUGACAACUAGAGUAAUGGAAAGAGGGAGACUGAAGUGUCACCAGUACUGGGAAACUCAGGUGGAUGGUGAAGUAGUUUAUGGUCAAUUCAUAGUUAAAACGUUGGCUGUGGAAACAGAUCCGGAUUAUACUGUGUCAACAAUUAGCUUAACAAAUAGUAAAACCGAUGAAACUCGGGAAGUUUCACAUUGGCAAUUCACCUCGUGGCCAGACUAUGGAGUACCACAUUCUGCCAAGGCCAUGUUAGAAUUUUUAGAGAGGGUGAGGCGGAAACAGGCUAGUAUGGUGGUAGCUUUAGGUGAUACGUGGGCAGGACAUCCAAGGGGACCUCCUAUUGUUGUACAUUGUAGUGCAGGCAUUGGAAGAACUGGAACCUUUUGCACCUUGGACAUAUGCAUCUCCAGACUAGAGGAUAUUGGAACUGCAGAUAUCCGUGGUACAGUAGAACGGAUACGAUCGCAACGAGCUUACUCCAUCCAAAUGCCCGAUCAGUAUAUUUUCUGCCACUUAGCUCUUAUAGAAUACGCUUUGAUGAAAGGUCACUUGCAGUCGGCGGAUCUGACCGGUUUCGACCAAGGUGCCGAAGAAGAUUCUGAGUAGGUGUGUCUCGACUGGGAUAGAAAAUUUCGUAUGUGAACGGUUAGUUUUCAAUAUUUCUUUGAUGGACCACUUGGAUGGAAGAGCUAAAACUUUUAUCUUGGCGGAAGUACGGCAGGUGUCUCUGUUAAAAGCCUGGUGGAUAUUGGAAACUGACUAUUAGAUACUUCCCAACAUAUAUCUUUGGAUUAUUAUUAUGAUUAUUGGUAUUGUUUCCACUUCAGUUCCUCACAUAUUCUCUCUCACCAUUUGUUUGCUCAUGAAGUGAAAAUUAACACUAACAGUAUUAAAUUGUUCCCGAUAGGUCAAAUCAGAAGAGCUGUUAUUUUUCCUCCACACAAACUACUGAUCAGACAAAUAUCCAGAAAUGUGUCACAUUUCUGUAACUCCUAUUGUUCUUCAUUGUUUGGAAGAUGUAGAUUUAAAAGACAUGAAAUAUAUCCUCACUAUUAUUGAAUCAGAAGCUCAGUUACUAUUUCAAUAUCAGGAAUAAACAUUUAUAUUUAGUAAUGGAGAAAUGAAUAUGGUAUUACAUGUCCCUCAUCAUACACUAAUUUUUCAUUUUUCAACUUUAUUUUUUCUCCUGGUGGAGGUUCUCCAUCUCUGCUGAUCGAUCUGUUUCACUUCCUUGCAUGCUAAGUUUUUAUCAGAUCUUUAUUUCAUAUGGGAGUGGAGUUUUUUGGUAAUGCAGAUUAACAAAUUUUUUCAUGUUAUCACCAGAACUAUCUAUUGUACAAAAAAUGGGUUAUUACCUUUUUCUGUACUAUAAAAUUUUCUACAAUAGUAUGGGUUAAAAUCCGAUUUUUUGAAAACUAAUUUGA